UCUCUGCACACCACAGCAUCAGCAACCCCCCUCACAUCCCACCGAAACCCCAUCUUCCCACACGCUCCAACCACCAGCACCCAUGGCACCCAAGGCGGCGGAAAAGAAGCCGGUGGCCACGGCCGAGAAGACGACGGCGGGGAAGAAGCCCAAGGCGGAGAAGCGGGCGCCGGCGUCCAAGGAGGCCGGCGGCGAGGGGAAGCAGCGGGGCAGGAAGAAGGGCAGCAAGGCCAAGAAGGGCGUGGAGACGUACAAGAUCUACAUCUUCAAGGUGCUCAAGCAGGUGCACCCCGACGUGGGCAUCUCCUCCAAGGCCAUGUCCAUCAUGAACUCCUUCAUCAACGACAUCUUCGAGAAGCUCGCCGGCGAGUCCGCCAAGCUGGCGAGGUACAACAAGAAGCCCACCAUCACGUCCCGGGAGAUCCAGACCUCCGUCCGCCUCGUCCUCCCCGGCGAGCUCGCCAAGCACGCCGUCUCCGAGGGCACCAAGGCCGUCACCAAGUUCACCUCAUCCUAGGCUUCAUCGUCGUCGUUUUAACGAAUCGAUGAUGAUGUUCUGUAUGUAGUUGGCAGUACGAUGUUACAAUAUUUGUAAGGAUUGUGCUGCCUGUGUGUUUGAAGAAAUAGUGAUGUUGCUGUUUGAAUCAAGGGAGCAAAGUUCGUUUUUGUUA